AUGCCCGUCCGCUGCGAUGCCGCAAGCCUCGGUGUUCCUUGCACCAACUGCGUCGCCUUUUCCAUCGAAUGCCGCAUCCCAACGCCUAAACGCAAGAAGACUGCCGCGCAAAGCACCACCACUGCCCCUUCCAAGGACUCGGACAGUGAGCGAGGAGACACCGAAGACCGGUCGCCGCACCAGGCCGGUGCAAACAACCCCUUCCCGGCCGGAACCCGACCUGCCGCAGCCUAUCACACCCAAGAGGGGACACCGACCACCUCUGUCACCGUCGAGGAACAGGCGAAAAGGGAAGAGUACGAUAAUGCAACCCUAGCCAACUACAUGAAUCUCGUCAUGAAGCCCAAGUUCACCAGAGCACCUAUCACGGAGGCUGGGAGGGUAGCCUAUAUGGGCGAGUCUUCCAACCUCAACCUUCUCGUCCAUGACCGCCAAAGCGACUCGGACGUGGUACACUAUCCUCUGCCGGAACAUGUACGGGGCAACAAGGCCAGGCUAUCAGAGCUGGACAGCACCGAGAUCGAAAUCCUUCAUCAGCGAGGCGCCUUCCUGCUGCCACCACGGUCUCUGUGCGAUGAGCUCAUCGAAUCGUACUUCCAAUGGGUGCACCCCAUAGUCCCCGUCAUCAACCGGACCAAGUUUAUGCGGCAGUACAAGGACCCCAAGAACCCGCCGUCACUGUUGCUGCUGCAAGCCAUGCUUCUCGCCGGUUCUCGAGUCUGCACCAACCCCCAACUGAUGGAUGCGAAUGGUUCUUCAGCACCUGCCGCUCUUACCUUCUACAAACGAGCUAAAGCCUUGUACGAAGCGGGCUACGAAGACGAUCGGGUUACCAUUGUUCAGUCACUCCUCCUGAUGGGUUGGUACUGGGAAGGCCCUGAGGAUGUCACCAAAAACGUCUUCUACUGGAGCCGUGUUGCUACCAUUGUCGCACAGGGCUCUGGCAUGCACAGGAGCGUUGAGGGCUCACAGCUGAGCAAAGCCGACAAGAGGCUAUGGAAGCGUAUCUGGUGGUCACUGUUCACAAGGGACCGAUCGACAGCUGUUGCGCUGGGACGACCUUGCCACAUCAAUCUCGACGACUCGGACGUGGAGAUGUUAACGGAGGACGACUUCAUCGAGGACGAGCCGGACAGCCCAAGCGACUACCCACCGGACCAGACCCAUGUUCAGUUCUUCCUGCAAUACGUCAAGCUCUGCGAAAUCAUGGGGCUGGUCCUCUCUCAGCAGUAUUCCGUUGCCUCCAAGGGCAAGGGAAAGAAUGCUAUCGAUCUGACACACAGUGAUAUGGCUCUUGCCGACUGGCUCCAGAACUGCCCAAAGAUUGUCUAUUGGGAGAUGCGGAAUCACCAUUUCUGGUCUGCGUUGCUCCAUUCGAAUUACUACACCACCCUAUGCCUCCUGCACAGAGCGCACAUGCCACCGAGUGGUUCCCACAGGUGGCCUGAUGACUCGCCCUAUCCAUCGCGCAACAUCGCGUUCCAGGCGGCAGCUAUGAUCACCUCUAUUAUCGAGAACCUCCAGUCCAACCAUCAGCUGCGGUAUUGCCCUGCGUACAUCGUCUACAGCCUCUUCUCCGCGCUCAUCAUGCACGUAUACCAGAUGAGGUCGCCAGUUGCCUCCAUCAAGCAAGUUACGCACGACAGAAUACGGACAUGCAUGGCCGCCCUGAAAGACGUUUCCAAGGUUUGGCUUGUGGGUAAGAUGGUGGUUACCCUUUUCGAAUCUAUUCUCGGAAAUAAGGUCCUCGAAGAAAGGCUUCAGAAGGCGGCAGGCAAGAGACACCGUCGGAUGCAGCAAGGUCUCUCUCAGCUAGAACAACAUCGCCAGCACCAGCAGCUUCAACAACAACAGCAACAACAGCAUCAGCAACAACAGCAGCAACGUACACACGAUCAGAAGCGUAAAUACGACGAAAUGGCCAUUGAUUUCAGCGUCAACACUCCCCAGCCCCAUGAAUCUUACGAGCGUUCAAGGCCACAAACACCAAGUCUGACAACCAAGACGGAGAUGACGCCCAGCACGAUGCCGCCACCUGUUACGUCACCCAAUAACCAGAACGGUCACCGUCCUCCGAACGAUGCGUUUAUGGGCGGAACGGCUUCGAGGCCGCAAACUCGGCCAGCGACGCCUUUCAAUCCGUCCUUCUCAGUCCCAGCCACUCCACCAGAUCUGUACCUGGUGACCAGAAACUCGCCCAACCUCUCACAAAAUAUCUGGGAGAACUUCCAGCCCGACCAGCUCUUCCCAGAAAGUACCAACAUGCCCCUAUUCCCCCACCUGUCACCUACCCAACAGCAUUCCAGCCUGGACCCCAACAUGAUGCAGAUGCCAAGCGGACUUCCCAAUCAGCCCAUCGAAUAUACACAGGGCGUUAAGCGCAACCUGGCUGGCAGUCCGUUGCCCAACAAUAAUAAUGGCAAUGGGUUGCUUCAACCUGGCGGCAUGCCAGGGCAGGGCCAAGGCCAGCAGGGAGGAUAUGGAAAUAAUAAUUCUAAUAGCUUCUGGAACGUCAACUUUGACGGGCAGAUGGGCGGCGGUGGAGCGAAUGACGGGCAAAGCCCGAGUGACAGUUGGAGUAAUAGCUCGGUGCAGGGACAGCCUGUUCCGUCGACGCUUAAUGUUGAGGACUGGUAAGGUUUUUUUUUUUUUGGUUUUUC